ACAACUUUUUUUCCGCCAUCUUGGAGUGUGCAGAGGCCUGCUGGGAACAGGACUCCUAUAACGCCAAAUAAUGUCUGGAAGGCUGUGUGGUCCAAGGCUAUUUUUGCUGGCUACAAGCGGGGUCUCCGGAACCAGAGGGAGCACACAGCUCUUCUUAAAAUCGAAGGUGUUUAUGCUCAAGAUGGAAUGGAAUUCUAUCUAGGCAAGAGAUGUGCUUAUGUGUACAAAGCAAAGAACAACACAGUGACUCCUGGUGGCAAACCAAACAAAACCAGAGUAAUCUGGGGAAAAGUAACUCGUGCUCAUGGAAACAGUGGCAUGGUUCGUGCCAAAUUCCGAAGCAACCUUCCUGGUAAAGCCAUUGGCCACAGAAUCCAUGUGAUGCUGUACCCCUCAAGGAUUUAAAUUUAAUGAAAAGGAAAUAAAGGUGUAGAUUUGUUCUCUUGUAAAAAAAAAAAAAAGGAAUCAUGCACAAGAAUUCUCACAGCAGCAUUAUCAUUAGUAGUUAAAAUCUGGAUAUAGUUCAAAUGUUCAUCAGUAGUAGAAUGGAUAAAUUAUGUAUUCAUAAUGGAAAUGGAGUGGAAAACCACAGAGCAAUAACAAUAAAUGAACCACAGCUAUAUACAAAAAAAAAAAUUAGGAUGAAUUUCACAAUGUUGAGUGAAAUAUCCCAUAUAUACACAUAUCCCAUAUUUCAUUUAUUGAAAGUUUAAAAACAGGUAAGCUGACAUAGUAUUAAAAGAACGGUGGGGGGACCAAAGGGCUCGUGAUAGCGAGUGGGCAGCAGACUUUUGGGUGCUGGCAGUGUUCUGUUUCUUGACUAGAUAGUAGCUGCAUGGAUGUUUGUGAAAAUUUAUUGAAACGUACAUUUGCUUUUUUGCACAUUACUUUUUGUGUGUGAUAAUAAAAAUGGUUAGAACCAUAAAUAAUUAAACAAUGAGAUGCCAUGUUAUACCCAUCAAAUUAGCACUGACUUAAAAAUUUUAAUACUCAAGGCUGGUGUGAAAUGGGUCUGUGCUAUAAGACUUAAACCUUCAUAUUUCCAGUGGAAAUAAAAUGUAUUCUAACCUUUCUGGAAAGCAGUUUGGUAGUAAUUUUGAAAUAUUUAAAGAUAUUGAUCCCUUUUAUUUUAGUUGUUCCCUUAGGAAUCUGCCAUAAUGGAAAAAAAUCUGAAGUGUGAAUGUAGAUAUGUGCAUAAAGAUAUCAAUCACAGUAUUUUCCAUAGUAUAAAACCAACACUAGAGAGGUGGAUUAUGUAAAUUAUGAUGCAAUUAUUAAAACCACUAAAAUUUUUAUUCAUGAAGUUUUUCAUGACAUAGGAAAAUGCUUAUUAGUUAAAAAGAAUAUGGAAUUAUAGGUGUAAUGUGAUCUCAUCUAUGUUUUUAAAAACAGUAAACAGACUAAAAUGCAAAGUAUGCUAAAUAUUGCCAGUUAUGUUAUGAUUAUGAAUUUCCUCCCAGCUUUUUAUAUUUAUUGUAUUUUUCUAAUUUUUCUGCAAAGAGCACAGAUAUUUUGAUAUUUUGAGGGGAAAAAGCUACGAUUGAAGCUUAGCUUUAUUUUCUGGCUCCACAGGUUAUUUUUUCUUAAUAUCUGCCUACCUUUACAUUUCUUAAUAUUUAUAUCUGUCUCAAUUUUAAUUUUCUGAAGAUUAUAAAUAGAAAAAAUUAGGUAAAUGUCUCUCUAGUCUUUCAGUCUGUAGGUAAAUUUCCGCACUCCCAUUUCU